GAGUCGCGGCUGCAGUCUAAAGAGCUGAGAAGAUGGCGGUACGAGUAAUGAGAGGCGGAGAGGUUGGAGCCGGACAUAAGGGCGGCCCGGGGAAUCCCGUUGGCGCAGCAGCCAGAGAACAUGUACAGGCGGUCAGCAGAGAUUACCUGUCCCAGCCCAGGCUGACUUAUCGCACGGUGUCUGGUGUUAAUGGGCCCCUGGUUAUCCUGGACAAUGUCAAGUUUCCCAGGUACUCAGAGAUUGUUCACCUGACUCUCCCAGAUGGCACAAAGAGGAGCGGGCAGGUACUUGAGGUCAGCGGAUCCAAAGCUGUAGUACAGGUGUUUGAGGGCACAUCCGGCAUUGAUGCAAAGAAAACCUCAUGCGAGUUCUCUGGGGAUAUUCUCAGGACACCGGUAUCGGAAGACAUGUUGGGACGUGUAUUUAAUGGUUCGGGAAAGCCUAUUGAUCGUGGACCAAGUGUUUUAGCUGAAGAUUAUCUGGACAUAAUGGGGCAGCCCAUUAAUCCCCAGUGCAGAAUCUACCCUGAAGAGAUGAUCCAGACAGGAAUUUCUGCUAUAGAUGGCAUGAACAGCAUUGCUCGUGGUCAGAAAAUCCCUAUUUUCUCUGCUGCUGGUCUUCCACAUAAUGAGAUUGCAGCUCAGAUCUGUCGCCAAGCAGGGCUGGUGAAGAAAUCUAAAGAUGUUAUGGAUUAUAGUGAGGAUAACUUUGCCAUAGUCUUUGCUGCUAUGGGGGUUAACAUGGAAACUGCUCGAUUCUUCAAGUCUGAUUUUGAGGAGAAUGGCUCCAUGGACAAUGUGUGUCUUUUCCUGAACUUGGCCAAUGACCCCACAAUUGAACGCAUCAUCACCCCCCGUCUCGCCCUUACUUCUGCGGAAUUCUUGGCCUAUCAGUGUGAGAAGCACGUACUGGUGAUCCUGACUGAUAUGAGUUCCUAUGCUGAGGCUCUGAGAGAGGUAUCUGCAGCUAGAGAAGAAGUGCCAGGUCGCAGAGGAUUCCCAGGUUACAUGUACACUGAUCUGGCUACAAUCUAUGAACGAGCUGGGCGUGUGGAGGGAAGAAAUGGCUCUAUCACUCAGAUCCCUAUCCUAACCAUGCCUAACGAUGAUAUCACUCAUCCGAUUCCUGACUUGACUGGAUAUAUCACUGAGGGACAGAUUUACGUGGACAGACAGUUACACAACAGGCAGAUCUACCCACCCAUAAAUGUGCUUCCCUCACUUUCCCGUUUGAUGAAGUCGGCCAUUGGGGAAGGCAUGACAAGAAAGGACCACUCCGAUGUAUCUAAUCAGCUGUAUGCCUGCUAUGCAAUUGGAAAGGACGUACAAGCCAUGAAGGCUGUAGUUGGAGAGGAGGCUCUGACUUCAGAUGAUCUUCUGUACUUGGAAUUCCUACAGAAAUUUGAAAAGAAUUUCAUUGCGCAAGGUCCAUAUGACAACCGCACAGUUUACGAGACGCUGGAUAUCGGUUGGCAGCUUCUUCGAAUCUUCCCCAAAGAGUUGCUGAAGAGAAUUCCCCAGAGCACCCUGGCAGAAUUCUACCCCCGAGACUCAUCCGCCAAGCACUGAGCAGUCUCAUUCGUCUCUGUGUGUACUCUACCCUGCACUUACACCCUUUCCCCUCCACAUGUGCCGUUUACAGGUCCUUGUCCAUCAUGGAGUCACUCACAGGAAGGGGGCAGCCACUUUGUUUUUGAGAUAAAAAGGCACAAAGAGGAAAUAGCAGUACUAGAAAUCCCAAUUUUAUUCUAUCCAUUGAGGGUUUUUAUCAGUGCAAGAUCCUGAGCAUUCAGCGUCUCGAUACAAUCUAACAACAAUGGUUCUGUAUGUAAAUGUGGUGCAAGAUGAUCCACGCUGUGUUCACGCUUUGUGGCAUGCAUAUAUUUAUUGCGUAGCUGUGCCUGUGAUUUUGUCUGAAUUACUAGAAACCCAAUUACAGAAGCCUUAAAGGAUAAGUAAACCUUAAAAAUAAAUGAAUGUAAAAUUCAUGAGGGUGCUAUUCUAAGAACCUUUGUAAUGUACAUUCAUUAUUUAUUUAUUUUUUAAUUCCAACAUGUUAAAUGAUACAUGUACAGUUAAUAUGAAUGAAUUUUGUUACAACAGCGCCACCUGCUGGUCCUUUUCUGACCACCAAGUUGUCAAGGAAGUUGUCAGGACAAAGAAAGAAGCUGCUCUGAUGUUCUUCUGGUUAGGAAAGAUUUGAGAAAGGUUUCUGAAAUAAAUAAUGAAUGUAAGUUACAAAAGUGCUUAGAAUAGCACCCUCGUCAAUUUUACAUUCACUUAUUUUUAAGGUUUACUUAUCCUUUAAAGGAAUUCAGCCAUGCACAUGUACCUGUUAGUUAUAGUGAUAUCUAGGGUUUUUGCUAUCUCCACUGUUUCCUGCUGCCUGACUCCAUGCAUCUCGCGGGUAUCUGCAGCUGGUAGAAGAGUGCCAGGAAAGCAAUUGUCUUCGGUACCAGAUUUUGGGUCAUUUCCCACCUGCUUUACUUUGGUUCAUCUCUCUUCCCAUCUCUUUUCGUCUGUCAUCUAGCUUCCUGCAGGAUGUAUCUCCCACCAAAUCUGUCAUUUUACUUGUUCCCAGGCAUUAGGUUUUUCCGGUGUCCUUCCCAUUUUGAGAUCAAUCGUUUUAUUUUGACAUGCCCUUCCCAGUCUCUCAGAACGCAGGCUGUUACUACACGGGGGGUAUGUUUUUGUGUUAUAUUUUAUGUGAAUUUGGUGCAAUAGUUAGCUGUCUGGUUCAUUCCAUCUGUAUACGGUGUAUAAAUUUAUUGCUGAAAUUGUCAAAUCCGAGUAAAUAUUACAUUUAAUGUU